ACUAGAUAUAUGAAUUUACAAAUUCACAUUAAACUGUAAAUGCCUUUCUAGAAAAUGAAAGAUAAAGCUCAAUUAGGCAAAGUGGCCCGCUUUAAGUGCUUGAAAGGAUAUGCCGCAAGGACAUAGCAUAAUUGCAUCUCCUGGCUGAAUAUCUUACUCUGCAACUCCUGAGUCCUGACCAAUGAACUAUUUUGGUAAUGUCUGCAAAAUUUCUCAACUCUCCACCUUUGAAUCUAAAUCUAUUCAUUUGGUUAGGUAACAGUUUUAUAUGUGGCAUUUUCUUAAUUAAAAGAACAAAUUCCAAAUCAGAAUCCUCUCCUUCUCCACCAAUUCCAAGCUGAUACAUACCAAUGAGGCAAUAAGAUACGGGCAGGCAAUUGACAGCCAUAUUUUAGCCUUUGCAUUCUUAUCACGCACCAUAAAUUCCCCACCAACUCUCUAUUAAUUGGGUUACUCCCUUUAGAAAUAGAAACUAACACACUCACGAAACGCAUGCACUCAAAACACUUGCCUGAAUUUCCCAUCUUUCUUCAAAGCCAAAUAUAUUUUUGGGAACAAAGCUUAUCUCACCACUUUGCUUCCCAAUCAUGUCUGCAACAUCAGAAGAGAACCCUCAGCUACCUUCCCCUUCAAACCCCACUCAGGAAUUGCCAUCCAACCUCAUGGAAGUCAUGCUUUCAGAGUUAAAGAAGCAGAGAGGUAUUGCACUUCCUCUGGUGGCAAUGAACUUAACAUGGUUUGUCAAGAUUGCUGUAACAACUGCGUUCCUAGGGCGCCUUGGAGAGUUGCAGUUAGCUGGAGGCACACUGGGAUUCACCUUUGCUAAUGUCACUGGCUUCUCUGUCUUGAGUGGGCUCUGUGGCUCCAUGGAACCCAUAUGUGGUCAAGCUUAUGGGGCUAAAAACUUUAGGCUCCUUCACAAGACCCUUUUCAUGGCAGUUUUCUUGUUGCUGUUAGCCACCUUGCCUAUUUCUUUCUUGUGGCUUAACGUCGACAAAAUUCUGAUCCAUUUUGGCCAAAACGAAGACAUUUCUAAAGUAGCAAAGAUCUAUCUUUGCCAUCUCCUCCCUGAUUUGGUGGCCACUUCAUUGUUAUGUCCUCUCAAAGCCUACUUGAGUUCCCAAAGCAUAACAGUGCCCAUAAUGUUCAGCUCAGCUCUAGCCCUCACUUUGCACAUACCAAUCAACAUUGCUCUUGUAAAUAUAAAGGGUCUUGAGGGAGUCUCAAUGGCAAUUUGGAUAACUGAUUUUGUAGUUGUAAUACUGCUGGCCUUGUCUGUGUUUGUGAUAGAAAAUAACAAAGAGGGAAGGUGGGAGCAGGGAGGGUGGCUGGACCAGGGUGCUCAAGACUGGCUCAGGCUACUCAAGCUCAGCGGCCCAUGCUGUCUCACCACCUGUCUUGAAUGGUGGUGCAUUGAGAUCUUGGUCUUGUUAACAGGAAGGCUGGCCAACGCAAAGCAGGCAGUAGGAGUCUUGGCCAUUGUGUUGAACUUUGACUACCUGCUCUACUCUGUGAUGUUGUCUCUAUCCACAUGUGUGUCCACACGGGUGUCCAAUGAGCUAGGGGCAAACCAACCUGUCUCAGCUUAUCAGUCUGCAUAUGUGUCACUGGCUGUGACUGUAGUUUCUGGUUGCAUUGGAGCUUUGGUUAUGGUUGGCACAAGAGGAAUCUGGGGGUCUUUGUUCAGCCACGACAAGGGAAUUAUAAAGGGUGUGAAGAAGAUCAUGCUACUAAUGGCUGUAGUAGAACUUGUAAAUUUCCCUUUGGCUGUCUCUGGAGGAAUCGUUCGUGGAACAGCCAGGCCUUGGUUGGCUAUGUAUGCCAAUCUUGGUGGAUUCUAUCUCUUGGCUUUGCCCUUGGGUGUGAUUUUAGCCUUCAGGGUUGGUCUUGGGCUCAGUGGCUUGUUGCUAGGGUUUCUGGCUGGAAUGAUUGCCUGCUUGGUGUUGCUGUUGAUAUUUGUAGCGAGGAUAAAUUGGGUUGAAGAAGCACGCAAAGCACAAACACUUGCAUCUAGCAGACCAGAAGCUGAAUAGCUGAUAAAGAAAGAACCAAUAAAAAAUGGUUAGAGACAGUCCAUAACAUCAAAGUAUGAGAAGAAUCUGAGAUUGUAGGGAGGUUUCACAAGAGUAAAGCUAAACUGCCAUCAUAAAUAGAAAUCAACAAAUCUGACAGACAUCAACCAAGCAAUGGCAGAAAAAGUCCUAGAAAGCCCUGUUCCAUUUUUUUGUUCUCCCGGCUAACUGCCAUCUUGACCUGUUCCUUAACAUCCCUAAUUUUUUAUCUCCAGUCUACUAUAGUCCUUUCCUUUCAGUGUAAUGAAGAUGAAUAUUUCAUCCUCAUGAAUUAUAGAUAAUUAGCAGCCUCAUAGUUCCCCUUGAAAGCAUGUCUAUAAAUGAGAAUUACAUAUGAAUGAAACUUCUUUGUUAAC